GAUUUUGCAUUUCCGGGAACAGUGACAGGGUUGUGUAAACAACACAGAUCUCUCCCCUGUCAGUACCAACACUUUCUAUUGCUCUGUAUAGCAGAGCAAUACAAAGCAGCAUGUUUCCCUAGAAAAACACACACAUCACACACAGUAAAACAGCACACAGUUAACCCUUUGAUCACCCCAGAUGUUAUCCCCUUCCUGCCCAGUGCCAUUUGUACAGUGUCAGGGCUUUUUAUUAGCACUGAUUACUAUAUUAGUGUCAUUGGGGAUGUCAGUGGCAGUUAGUCAGUUCCCCCCAGUGUCAGAAUGCCCGCCGCAGUCCUGCUAUAA